UGACGUGGCCAACGUUUUACAUUGGACCGGGGUGAUUUGAACUCCGGCUAGUUAGUGGAGAACGGGAUAUUUAGUGCAAAUUAACUUCAGUAAUCGCUGGAUCUCUGGGAAACAAAGUAGUUGCUGCUCAGUUCGUGUGCUUUGUCAUAUAUCUUACUAGAUCAUGUCUGGUAAAAUAAAAAGCCGAAGUGCCGCAAAUGCCGACUCGUUGUCUGGUGGCGUCUCAUGCGACGAGCGGAUCUUGCGGGACUGCCAUCAAAUUUACAUCGAUAGCGAUAGUGGAUUGAUCUCUCUGGCUCAAAGUGUUGGGGUAACUCUACUGCCGCCUAGAAAGAAAAUCACUGUCAUGCUGAUGGGGAAUCACUCUGCUGGCAAGAGCUCCUUCAUCAACUGGUAUGUGGAGGAGCACAUACAGCGUACAGGUGUGGCCAUUGAGACGCAGGGUUUCAGUUUUGUCACCAGUGGGCGCAAAAGAGAGUCUCUCACGGGCAAUGCAACUCUCCACCUCUACCCACAUUUCAGGCCUCUUCAGGAAUUCAAAGGAGUGUCGGAGUAUCUUGGCACGGAGAUCUGCACCUCCCGGCAGAAGCGCUUUAGUCUGGUGACGUUUGCAGACACGCCAGGGCUGGUGGACGGAGACAUGAAGUACCCCUUCGAUGUGGACGAAGCCGUACAGUGGCUGGGUAAAUUGUGCGACCUGGUGCUGGUGUUCUUCGACCCCAUGGGCCAGGCUCUGUGCAAGCGCACCCUGAACAUUGUGGAGAUGCUGAACGAGUGCCAGGGCGACAAACUGCACUUCUACCUGAGCAAGGCUGACGAGGCGGGCAGCGAGUCCGACAGGCAGAGAGUGAUGAUGCAGAUCGUCCAGGAGCUGUGCAAGAGGCCAGGACUCAACAAGUGUGGGUUUGACAUGCCGACCAUCUACAUCCCAAACCCCAACAAGCCAAGCCGCUGUGUGAAUCAGAUUGAGGAGGUAUGCCGGACCAUAGAGAAGACCAUCAACCAGACCGUGCAGCACACACUCAACUCCCUGGAGAAGGACUGCGAGCUGAUCACCGAAGCAGUCACUGACACACUCAACACUGACAGGCAGUGCAGCAUGGCUAACCGACGGGCCCGCUUUAAGGGCUGUGUUCUGGGGCUCCUGGGCUUCUGCGUGCCCCUGCUCAUGCUGGCCUUCCUGGUGCUGGGGAGCCUCUCCAGGGAGGUUCUGGAGAUGACGCUGGGCCAACCUGGCACGGAAACCUUGUCCCUGUACCUGGCUCCUGUGGUGAGGGCGUUUGACUCCAUCUCUGUUCAGCACCAGCUGUACUGCUCCGGGGGCCUCGUCCUGCUCUCCUUCAUCCUCCUCCUCCUCGCCCGACUGUCCUUCCGCACGCGGGACACUCUCUCCGGCCGACAGAAGAGACAGCUCCAGGAAAAGCUGGAGUACGUGCAAGAGGUGGUGAAAAAUAAGAAGAAGACCCUGUAUGAAGAAUACCUGCGACAGAGUGUUGCUGAUCACGAUAUGGACUGAAGGAAAUGAAGGCCGUGGAGCAAUCGAGGAAAAUGGCGGAGCUCUAGAAUAACCACCACACUGCGCAUUCCGCCACUCAGAGAGGAUCAUGGGAUUCACCGGCCAGUGUACACGGCCCUGCCAAUGCCUUUCUCUGCCACGUCGCUCCUGAAGGUCAUAGGGUCAAAUAGUUUACUUCAAAAAAGGCACAUUUCGGAUUUAUACUGCGACUGGUCUGUCAGUCUGAGAACCCACGGGGCACAGCAUUGUUGUGAAGUCGUAGACCUUUCCCAGUGAGGUCUUAAGAACCCCUUUCCCUCCUUAACACUCCCAGUUACUAAGGAGAUAUGCACUUAUUUUUACUGAAAACCACUGUGCCGUGCAUCCUUUUGUUUUGGACUAUCGUGAUUUAAACACCUUAGCACAAUGCUUACUGGCUCCAUGGAAUUCACUAAAUCAUGAAAUUGGUCUUUUUUGAUAGGUUGUCCAAUUAUAUGUGGCUGUACUUGUAUUUGUAACCGAAACUUGACUUUGUUCCUAAAUGUAUUUUGGCAAUAAAUUAAUGAGUUAUUAAA